ACAGACUGGUCGACGCCGAGUUCGAGUUAGCCUGUGUGGCCUGCGUCAAAAUAUUCAACACCAAGAAAGCGCUCAGGCAUCACAACACCACCAAGAAACACAUGCGCAAGGUGGAGGCGUUGAGGCAAGAGUUGGAACUGGAUGACGACCUACUCAGCGACAGUGAUACUUAUACCGAGGCGAAUGGGUCUGCCAGUGUAUCCGGUGCGGCAUCGCCCUUUCCCAUAGUGGAUGACGCACACACACUCCCAUUGGCCGAUGAGACUAACGACGGACCAGCACAGUGUGGCGAUGUAAACACACAGCCAAGUGACCUCAAUACCAACCACGUGAGCGAUGACGACAGGAUAGGCGAGCCAGAAAGUGGUGGGGCUUUGGCGGACAAAGAGGCUAGUGGGUGCGAGGGAAAGGCCCUGGCCUAUGCGACACCCGCGAAAGGCAAGAAGAAGAAGAAGAAGAACAUCAACAGGCACGGCGGAGAGACCGUAGACGAUGUGGCGCUGCAGGCUGCACUAGACGCGUUGGACGUCAGGAACAACGAAUCCGACGAUGAGAAACCUCAAAAAAAGAAAAAGGGCAGGCGGGCCGCCAAGGGCGCCAAAGCGACGACUGAGAACAUCUGUGGCAGCACCACAGAGAGUAGUAACACAGAGAGGGGAACGAAGUCGAAGGCAAAGGCCAAGGUUAGUGCGGAGGUGAAUGCGUGCAGCGUGUGCGACGCCGAGUUUGAUACGCGGAAUGAGGUGUUCCGGCACCUGGAGACGGCGCAUGAGAUGAGGAAAGGCGGCAAACAGAAAGGGAAGAGAAGGUAGUGUCGGGUAGAAGGAUAAGUCCUGGCGAGUAAUUUAGAUCUUCAAUGGGAACAGUAAAAGGUAGAAUCGGCCAGAAAGGGUUUGUCGAGUAAUCAUUUACGGCUGUGGAUACAAACCAACUGAUAGGAAGUCACUGCAGGUCAACGUCUGACUAUUUUGUUUGUUUGUAAUGUUUAGUGCUAGAAUAGGCCGUGGACUCAGUCUGAGCGGUUGUUCAUGACACACACACACGUCUCCCCGUACAAUAAAG